UAUUUUCGUUAUUAUUGUUAUUGUUGAUAUAAUUCAUCAAUUCUUCAUUAGGAACUGUACAUUUUUUUUUUUUUGGUUAUCAGUUACCGCUUGAAUGUCAUUGGAGGUUGAUCUCCGGACAAUAAACUCUGUCGUUACAUUUUGCCAUCAUUAUUUGAUUUUUUUUCGUCUUUUUAUUAAAUAUAAACUAUGAAAUUUUCGUAUUUCUUUCGUUAACUAGUUAAUUAAGAGUUUAAAUAUUAUUUUAUAACUAGUGUUUUCUCUCAUUUUUGACACUGUGGGAACUAAGGUUUCUCGAUAUCACGCCAAACAUGAAUGUGUCUUUCUCUGGAUGUGGAUUUUUAGGUAUAUAUCAUACAGGAGUAGCAUCGUGUUUAAAAACGUAUGCGCCAUAUCUCUUAGAAAACAAACUCUGUGGCUCGUCUGCUGGUGCUAUUGCUGCAUGCUGUCUUAUUUGUGACGUACCAUUAGAAUUAAUGACAAGUCAUAUGUUAGACAUAGUAAAAGAAGCAAGAUCAAAAACAUUAGGCCCAUUUAGUCCUUCUAUGAAUAUUUCAGAACAAUUAUAUGCUCGUUUAAAUAAGGAUUUACCUGACGAUGUACACAAUCGAGUAAGUGGUAAAUUAUUUGUGUCAUUAACAAGAGUUCCAGGUGGUAAAAAUGUCAUUAAGUCUGAAUUUUCUAGUAAAGAAGAAGUUUUACAGACAUUAUUAGCAAGUGCUUUUAUUCCAGUAUUUUCUGGAUUUAUACCACCUUUAAUUGGUAAAUACAGAUAUAUGGAUGGUGGAUUUACAGACAAUCUUCCUAUACUUGAUAAGAAUACUAUUACAAUCUCACCAUUUAGUGGUCUCACUGAUAUUUGUCCUCGUGACAAUCCUAUUCAGAAGUAUUUAGUGAAUAUAUCUAAUAAUAGUUUUGAAGUGACUAAAUCAAAUUGUUUCAGAGUGGCUAGAAUAAUGUUUCCACCAGAACCAGAAGUGCUUGCUAAAUUGUGUAAUCAAGGCUUUGAUGAUGCUCUUAAUUUUUUACAAAAAAAUAACUUAAUUAAUUGCAAAACAUGUAUAACAAAACGUUUGUUCACUUUAACCAAGAAUAACACUGGUGAUAUGGCUGGUUAUGAUCCAUCAUGUACUGAUUGCAAGUGGAAUAAUGCAUUUGCUAAAGUACAAGGAAUUCCAUACUCCAUCACAUAUGUUCUAGAUAAAUACAUAGAAUCACAUAGUGGUAUAUUUAAUGGAAUUUUAAAAUCUAAAGGAAUGCAAUUAGUUAAAUUAUUUAAAUUGUCAUGCAUGGUUGUAUCAGAUAUAGCUUACGCAUUUGUUAUGAGGGUUAUUCGUUCUUAUACACAGUUUCAAAAGUCUAUAUGGACUCUAUCCAAAUAUGCAAUAAAUUGUUUACUACAUUUUAUUGAUAUAUUCAGUGAAAAAGGUUUAGAAUUAGUUAGCAAAGUAUUAUUUCACAGUUAUAUGUCAUUUGAAAAUCAUGGAAAAAAUUCAAUUUAUUAUUAUUAUUAUAACGAGUUCCUUGAAAAUGUAAAAUCUAUUAAGUAUUCAAAAAAUAGUCUUGAAUAUUAUAAUGAUAACCAACAAGCUACUUCAGCCAUAGUCAUAGAUUCUCCAGGAUUUACAUUGAAUGAACUCAAUUUACAUAGUCAUCAAGUUAAAUCUUUUAGAUCUAAAAAACAUUCAAUUGUACACUGGACACUAUCUUUAACUCCAGAAUUUGUCUUAAAAACUUCAAACAAGAGUAUUGUUGACGAAACUGUAACCAGUACUAAAAUUGAUAUUGUUGAAAAUCUUGAUGAUCUUAAAAACAACUUAUGGUUUGACUUAAUAGAUGAUUCAUUGGAUAAGUUCAUAGAAGGAGUAACUAAUCAUGAAACUUUAUUGCUGUAUCAUUAUACAGAGUAUUUAAAUAAUGCAAAUCCAUCGUACAAAACAUUAGAGCAAUAUAAACUGGAGGAUAAUAUUAUAAAAAAUUUAACUAGUAUUUUUUAAUUUGUAAUAAUAAUAAAUAUCAUCAAUAUUAUUUUAUUCAUAGAUAUUGAUAGAAAAUGUACAAUGAAAAUAAGGCCCAAAAGUUCAUUUUU